AGGUGUGGGAACCCUGGGAUUUUAAGAACACGUGAUAAAAAAUAAAGUUACAUAGCCUCCCUUUAAAGAAGAUCAGAUCUGCCUUUAUGCAAAGAGAACAAACUUUUUUCUUCUUUUUAAAACCUAUAUGGCUUCACAUUUUUGCAAUUUAGACUGUAAUGACAUAGCAAAAAUGGAUGGAGCGCAAAAGAAUAAGUGUUUAAGACGGGCUGCUUUUGUUUGCUGCGGCUUCUUUCACCCGUGGAUCCAUAACUAAAUAAAUAAAUCAAAGAUUUAUUACAUGACACAAGCUUAUCAAGUCACUUUGGUCACCAAUAAUGUUACCGUCAUCCGAAUAAACUGUGAUCUACAAGAGAAUGGUUGGUACAGAAAGCUGAAUAUAAGCUUGUUUUUAAUCGUUUGUUUGUUUUUAAACUGCCCAGGACGUAUUAUCAUCAUCAUCAUCAUCAUCAUGAUCAUCAUCAUGUAUCAAAGGUCCAUAUUCCCCCUUUUCCCUGUCCUUUACUGCAAAGUGUACAGCUCACAAAUGUAGCUCCCCUGUCUUGUAUGUGUAUUUGAUAUUAUUGUUAUUAUUUAAAUAAGAAAAGCGGUGGACCGAUGACGCACCAUCACAACUGAGCUGAGAUUUAUUUUAUUUUUUUUUAUUUUUUUCUAUUUUCCUGUUAGAUUGAAGCCAUACACCAGAAGAUGCAUUUGUAAAUUGGAUCAUGUUUUCCAUUUUGUGGCAGUAUAAUGGGAACUCCAUUUGUGAUGUGUUAAUUUCCCUCUUUUUUAAUUCUUUAUUAUUGUGUUUUUGUAAAUACAGAGAAGUAUUUCAUGGUUUUUGAAUAUGCUGGUAUAAAGCUUCUCUUCCCUUAGUCAGCGUGUCCGCCUCUCAUUUGUGAUGACUGUGUAUCUGUGGACAUGAAGUGGUCACAUGAUGCGCAGACGUCUCUAAACUUUGUGUUUUUAGGGACCUAUUGUAUAAGUGCAGGGAGUCUAAGGGCUUAUCUGUGAUUACGCCUGUAUUAAGAGGGUUCUAGCUAUAGCUUCAUAUUUGCUUUGUGGACAUGAGAUGACAAAUGUAUUUAAAGGUACGGUGGGACAUCAUUUUUAUACUGUAUCGCUUAAAAUCCUCUUCCCUCAAUCAAAGUGCCAUCUGCCCCCCAGAGCUAAUGCUAGCUCGUUAACUCCAACGAGACAGGUGCAGCAAUGACUGAACGCCCAGAAAGGGCUGCGAAGUAAUAACGUGUAAGUAUUUGUUGUUUUUCACCAAGUUAGCGUCAGCGAAACGUAGCCUACCCAACGUUAGCGAUGCUGCACGUGUCGCGCCGUUCGACGCAAGAAUCAAAGCGAACAAUGUCGAACUGUAGAUCAGUGACGAAACGUAAACAUGCGUUGAGACCGCACAUUGAGUCAUUCCUCUUACGGUCUUGCAUGUUAGUGUCAGGGAGCAAUUUCCCAACACAACUGGCAUGUUUGAAACCGUGUAAUUGUAGAGCUAAAGGUCGCCUGUUGUGUAAUUUGCUCUCGGUCCUCGCUGCAGACAUGCACUCAGACUCUGCUAAACACACAACGCCACUUUAAACAAAGGUGUCCAAUAAUAAUCCAGCCUGCCCACCUUCCAGUGUCCAUAAAGUCCCCCAUAAACCAUUUUAUAACGUAUCAUACGUACCCCUCCGCAGGUGUUCACAGCAGAAUUCCGGCAGCUCUUCAUUUGUCCUGUGGUUUUUGUCGUCGAUUGUGAAAUGAUGUCUCCGCGGUUGUGUUUAGCUCUGCUUGCUCUCUCGUCUCUGGCUGCUGCGUCCGAUCCAGGCUGCGAGGAGCUCGUCAAACCUUUGGAAGACAGAAGCAAGAUCUCUGGCAAAUGGAUUUUCAACGUUGGUGGAGCAGACACCGAGGAAUAUUUGAAGAAUCUAAAAUCUUUCCACUGCUCCUGGAUCGAUUUCCCAACCGUGCCUAGCGUUAAUAUGACCAUGCGCUUCGGAGACAGACAUGAGGAGAAAUGCCUUUAUGGACAUGCAAAUUUCUCUUAUGAGGGAAACAACACCAAAGUGACAUUUCACUUCAACUCCACGUCACAUGACCACGUUGGGAUGCUCCUGGAGUCGUGUGCCGACUGCCUGCUGUGGAUUGAGAACACAGAGUCCAAGGAGAAUGGGGAGAUUAAAAAGGGCAGACACCUCUACCUGUUCACAAAGAGUGGCGAUUUGGCCGAAUCCGAUCUGGCUUUUUUCAAGAGACAGGCGGCGUGCCUCAACCUCCUGCCGGAUUUCUACUUUGCAGAGACCAAAGACCUGUGUCCCGAUGAGAAGGAGGCGGCUGCCUCAAAAGAAACGACACAAGAGCAGUAGAAGUUGCCGUUACGUGAACGCUCAACUUUAAAGCUGCAGUAGGCGGGCUGAAUUUGAUGAAAAUGAAUGUUGUAUGAUGUAUAGAAAUGAAUAGACAUGUUUCAUACUGUCUCA